AACUCCAAAAGACGACGUUGAACAAACCACCAUGGAUGGAAUUGGUACCGUAGCUGAUCCUCAAGCGAAUUCGAACGUUGUUCUCCGCGAUGAAGCGUCCGGCGCAGUGGUGCUCUAUGAUCCACUCGCUCGUCAACUUUCCAUUUACCAACACCGAGCACCGACACCAAAUGGGCCUAAUCGUGUAGUCACAAGUCCAGCUCUAGCUGAGAGACCGCCGAUACCCCGACACGAGAGCUUUGAACCCUUUGCGUGCCCAUAUUGUCAUCGACCGUUCGAACAAGCACAAUCACCCCGCCACACCGACGAAAGAGCACGUCAAACCCGCGCAUCAUUCAUUGAUCAAGGCUAUUUCAGGCUUUUAGCGACCUCAACCCAAAACACGCCCACGGACUCCCUACCUCCCACGCCUUCCACAACCUCAUCACCACGCCGCCCAUCCUUCAGCGACGAAGGCUUCAACCAAGGCUACUUCUCCCGCUUCUUUACAAUCACCCGCGAACUCGGCCGCGGCGCCCGUGGCGUAGUCCUCCUCGUAACCCAUACCCUCAUGUCCCUCAACCUCGGCUCCUUCGCCGUCAAGCGCAUCCCCAUCGGCGAGGACCACGCGCAUCUCCUUCAGGUUUUGCAUGAGGUUCAUUUGUUGAGACGGAGUUUGAGGAAUGAGUAUUUGGUGCAGUAUUAUCAUGUUUGGAUGGAGAGGGGGAGGGUUGGGUUGGGAGGGGGAGUUGUGCCUGUGUUGUAUGUGUUGCAGGAGUUUGUGGGGGGUGGGGACUUGGAGGAAUACGUUCUCAAAAGGAACCACGUAAUGGUGGAGGAGACGAUUGAGGAGAUCAAAGCUCGACGGAGAAGAAGAUCAAAGGGAACCAUCACCCCACCACACGAGGAGGAUAUUCGACCCGAUGGCCUAGAACUCCGCGAAAUCCUCUCCUUCUUCCACGACAUCCUAACCGGCCUCGCCUACCUCCACUCCCACGGCGUCAUCCACCACGAUCUCAAACCCUCCAACGUCCUCGUCUCCCUCGAAGCCCACCCUUCGGCCAUCCCAAAAGUUUUGAUCUCGGAUUUUGGGGAGGUACAGCUUGUAGGGGAGGGACGGAGUGGCACGGGGUACACGGGUACGCAAGGGUAUCGGGCGCCGGAGGUGGCCGUGAGAGGAGGUGAGACGGGGACGGGGAGUGAUGUGUAUUCGCUGGGCAGGGUUUUACAUUUCCUCAUUCACGCGGACCCUGAAGUGCCGAAACCUGGCAGAGUGGUGCCGGUGGAGUUGGAGAGGAUCAUGGACAGGUUAUUGGCGGUGAGGCCAGAGGAUCGGCCGAGUUGUCAGGAGUUGUUGGAGGUUAUGGAGGGCGGGAUGGAGGGGGAUAUUGAUGGGCUGAGAGCGCGGUCGCCGAGGGAGAGGGGGAGGAGGGGGAGUCAGGUUGAGGAGUUAUCUGACUCGCCAAAUACGAGUGUGGAGGAGAAGAGAAACCUGGAGGAGAACGCGGAGGAAGUCUCCGCGCUCGUCCUACGGCCUCCGACAGAGUUGGUCCAAGUUGACGAACAACCCAAACGCCAAACCGCACUCACGCUACCGGGCAUACCAAACCCAGCCAACAUAGUCCAAGCCGCAGUCUUCUUCCUGAAAGUCGCUUCCCUGCUAUACCCUUGCUCACCAUAUACCCCAAGCUCCAUGCUUGCAUACCCGUUACUGAUGCUCAGUGCUACUGAUCUCAUGCUGUGUGAUACUCGUUCCUCGAUUGUGUUAUUUGCUGUUCAUGUGUGUGUACUUGGGAUGGCUAUUAACUUUGAUAUGAUGUGUGCCACUCGUUGAUGUUAAAGGGUUUGUGGAUCGAUGGCACCGUUCUAUUACCACAUACGACCUGACAUAGUCUGAAAACAAUACGAAAAAGAA